UAGCUAGCACCACACGUUCAUUCUUCAUCAUGACAUAUCUGCCAAUAAGCCGUGCCCCGCUCUUGAUGAUGGAUCGAGUUUCUCUUCCUGGAUUAGAGCCCAACAACCCAGCUUUCUUGUGUGGUGGGGGAGAACUUCAUUCGGCGAAACUCUUAUCGAAUACUUGCCAUGUGUUUUUGUUGAGAUCAUAUGACAGACACGUUACUUAUUAUAUAUGGUUCAGGUCAUCUGCACUCAGUCUCUUCAGAGGUAAAGAACUCCGCAGAGGCUCUAUCCAAUACACAACAUGGCGACUAGGUCUCAAUCAGCCCUUGUGAGCACGAGCACCACACCCGACAACCAAUCGCGGUUUGAGCUGGAAACAAGCUCAAGAUGGAACGACGAGCCUGAGAACGAGACAUUGCUACCUCCAAUCGAUGGCGGAAAAGAUGCUUGGUUGUUUCUUGCGGCUGCAUUUGUGAUAGAGAUGAUGGUGUGGGGUUUUCCAUGGUCAUACGGUAUCUUCCAGGAGUACUAUAGCUCAUCGCUACCCUUCUCGGGCGCAUCCGGCAUCCCAGCUAUCGGAACAUCCGCGAUGGGCAUACUCUAUAUGGUCGCACCUUUCACAUUCGGAUCACUUAUACGUUGGCCACAUCACAAGAGGAAGGCAAUGGUUGCAGGCUUGCUUAUCAUGUGUCUUUCGCUUGGACUGAGCUCACUCUGCACGACCGUCCCACAACUUAUCGUCACCCAAGGCAUCCUUUAUGGUAUCGGUGGCGCUGUCACAUAUAGUCCUGUCGUCACUUUCCUGGACGAGUGGUUUGUAAAACGCAAGGGUCUUGCAUUCGGCAUCAUGUGGGCUGGUACAGGGUUAGGCGGUAUCCUCAUUCCGCUCUUACUCCAGUUUCUGCUCAAUAACUACGGCUUCCGCACCGCGCUGCGCAUAUGGACGAUCGUGCUUUUCGUCGUUGGCUUGCCUCUCACCUUCUUUCUGAAGCCGCGACUUCCCGUCCCAGCAACGACUAGGUCUCGCAUUACCUUCACUUUCCUGACAAACAGGUCUUUUUGGAUCCUGCAAUUUGGAAAUAUCAUGCAGGGACUAGGUUUUUUUGUGCCUUCCAUCUAUCUUCCUACAUAUACGAAGGCCCUCGGUUUCAGCAGUGCGGUUUCCGCUCUGCCCAUCAUCCUCAUAAAUAUGGCUGCCGUCAUCGGAUCCAUUAGCAUGGGGAGUAUUGUGGAUCGGACGCACGUCACCACUGCCAUUCUCAUCUCCACCAUCGGUGCUAUGCUCUCCGUCUUCUUGAUCUGGGGCUUCAGCACCUCUCUACCGCCGCUGCUCAUAUUCUGCUUCAUGUAUGGCCUCUUCGCGGGCAGCUUCACCAAUACCUGGCCUGGCAUCCUGAGGACAGUGCAAAUGAGUACGGGUCAGACGGAAAGCUCCAUGGUCUUCUCUUUCUUGUCAAUGGGUAGGGGUAUAGGUAAUGUUGUGAGUGGGCCGGUCAGUGAAGCACUGUUGAAGAUGGGCAAUGUUGGUGAUCAUGGCUUGUAUGGUACGCCAUAUGGUAGUUUGGUAGUUUGGACGGGAAUCAGUGCUGCGCUUGGAGGCGUGAGCAUCAUUGGAAGGAGGGUGGGGUGGCUGUAAGCCCUACGUCGAGACUAGGCCAGCUUAUCAAAAGUCCAGUCACCCAUAUCUGCUUUAGUCGCUCACCAAAAGGGGGUGGAUGUACCAGGUGCCUUUGAGGCGUACGAACUGCUAUUUCUCUUAGCGUCAUGUGGUCCUCAAAUGGAUAAGCUGGUUCAUGUAUUGGUGCAAGGGCAUGUUGCGCUCAUGGAAGAUUACAGGUGGAGUCGACAGGUUAUUUUUUCAUAUAUGAUAUUAUGGCCAUCAUGGUUCGAGGCCUUCACGAAAGCUCAUGCCUUCUACCCGGACAUGCUACACGAGCAGCUUUGAAGCAGAUAACGGUCACUUAAUGCUGCCGGG